AUGUCCGGCAUGUCCGCCUGCUGCCUCUCCGGCUCCGUCCACAGCGGCACGCCCUCAGGCCGCGAAGACACCAUCGGCGGGCUCCCAUGCUACGUCUCUGAACCGGACUCUUCGUCUUCGUCUUCGUCUGACCACUCCAAAUCCGCCGCCAUCGUCUUCCUAGUCGACAUCUUUGGCUGGAAGUUCAAAAACGUCCGCCUCCUCGCCGACAACUACGCCCGCGCCGGCUUCAAAUGCUACAUCCCCGACGUGCACGAGGGCGAUAGCCUGCCGAUCGAAUUCCUCCAAUCCGUCGAACCCCCCCUGAAAAAGAAGGAACAAGAAGGCAUGCUCGACAAGGCCAAAGAGACGGUCGACGUGAUGGCCACUCUCGGUCCCUGGCUCGCCAAGCACCGCGAAGCCGUAUCCGAGCCCAUCAUAUCGGGCUUCAUCAAUACCGUGCGCAACAUCCCGGGCACCGACAAGAUCGGCGCGAUCGGGUUCUGCUGGGGCGGCCGCUACGCCAUCUUGCAAGCCCACAAGCGCAGCGAGGGUCAAAUAGGCGGCGUCGACGCGGCUUAUGCGUGUCACCCGUCGUUGCUGAGCAUUCCAGCUGACAUCGAGCCCGUGGCGAAACCUCUUAGUGUUGCCGUUGGCGAGAAGGAUUCCCUGCUGGACAUGAAAUCCGUGGACCAGAUGAAGGAGGUCUUGGACAAGACCGGCGUGCCAACCGAGGUCAAAGUGUACAAGGAUCAAGUGCACGGUUUCGCGCUACGGAGUGAUUGGAGCAGUGACGAGGAUAAGAAAGCCAUGGAUGAUGCCGAGAAGCAAGGCAUUGAGUGGUUUAAGAAGUAUCUUUCAUGA